AUGGCGGAUGAUCGGGAAGGAGGCCAGAUUGUCCCCACGGAUCAGCCGCCCUGUCCGGUUAGAACUCGUCCUGCUAUCGUCUACAGGGAUUGCUUAUCAAGGGGUACAGUUCAGAAAGCAGACCCAUUAGAUGUACAGAGAGAUAUUGAAGAACUCCACAAAGCAUUCAAAAGUGCGGACGAUAACGUUAUCACAGACAUCUUAUCAAGACGAACUAAUGAUCAGAGACAGGUUAUCGCAAAGGCAUAUCAGGAGAAAUAUAACACGAACCUCCACAAUGAGUUAAAGGUAGACUUGAGCGAGCAAUAUCGGAAAGCUGUGAGUGGUCUCCUUGAGGAUCCCUUCAUUUUCCUAGCAAAACAUGUUCGUCACACUUUAAAGAGUUCGGCGCUCACCCAUAAAGAUGUCGCAUUAUUGGAGAUUUUAUAUCCGCUAGAACCACAGGAGGUUGAUGCCAUUGUACAGGCGUAUAGAGAAGAAUAUGAUCACAAUCUUGAAGAGGAGAUUGAGAAAGAAAUGAGCGGAGUAUUCAAGGGUAUACUAGUUCGUCUGGUCACAGGGAAACGCAGUACGCAUCGAAAAGUCGAUGUCCCCCAAAGGAACAAAGAUUUAGAAUACCUCAGAAAUAAUACCGAAGAACGUUUGCAAUCAGCUGAUGAUAACGUCAUUAGGAUCUUCGGUAAUUCUAGUUUACCGCAACUGUCUUCCAUUUUCCUCAAUUUUGACAAGGCUGGAGGUUGUACGCUGCAAGAGUUCAUCAGAAACAGUGAUAUGGAGGCGCAUAGCAAGGAAGCAUUCAGUGUAAUGGUGAAAAGUGUGUACAAUCGGACCGGGUUCUAUGCUGAUCAGCUCCACAUGGCUAUCAAAGACAUUAGCUCAGGCAGUGAGGACAGGCUCAUGAGAAUUGUCAUCUCAAGAUCAGAGAUCGACUUGGAAAAUAUAAAGGACUUCUUCCAAAGCGCGUACAGCCACACACUCACCGAUUUUGUUUACGACGACACGAGCGGCGACUACAGAAACCUGCUGCUUCGAUUGGUCGGCAUGUAGACUUCAUUGUAAUCAAGAGACGUUAGGUUUAAUACUAGGCUAUCUCAGAGGGAGCUUUGUUUGGGGUUUUGCAUACAUUCGCAUGUUGUUUUUGUUGGUUCAUUUCUUCUUCCAGUAUCCUUAGCUAGUAAUUGAAUUGUAUUUGAUUUCCUACAUUUCACCUUUCUUUUCUCCACAAAUAACACAUUUUCCACUCUUUCUAGCUUGUACACUGCAAAAACUCUGGUGUUGAAUUAACACCAGUGCGGAAUCUAUAUAUGUCCACACCAGAGAAGUGUUAAACAACACCAGUUUUGGUCUAACACCAGAUAGGUGUUUAUACAACACUAAUUAGUGUUAAAACAGCAUCGGUUUGAUUCCAAACUGGUGUUGUUCCAAUACUUCUCUGGUUUGGACAUAUAUAGAUUUUGGGCUGGUGUUAAAUCAACACCGGAGUUUUUGCAGUGUAAACAUUAGAUUUGUUGUUUCCCUCCCCUUCCUAUCCAUGUAUUUCUACUCUUUGCUACUGUAUUUUUUUUUGUAUUUCAUUGCUAUAAAAUCCCUCCGAAGAAUUUACAAUAGGGAAACAGCUCUCUACCUGUUGGUGAAAUAUGCAUUUUUGUGUCAUGGAGAAUUGUUUUGUCUAUAUGAAAUUUAUCAUAUAUAUUUUUCCCAUUUUUCAUUCAUUCAAUAUAAAAAGAAACAGCAGUACACAGUACAUUAUUAGAAUAAGAGGUAAACUUACAUGUAUGCUUUAAACUAGAGCUUAAAAUGACAAUACCUCCCCGCCCUCAUAGCAAAAAUAGUUUCUGAUGGAUUUCGAUAUCAUGGCCUGCAACCCAACAUGCAACAAUAAGUCCCCCAAGAUGAAUUUUGAGAUUAUUGAGCUUGAAAGGGCACAUCCUAAACUUUAAAAUAACCUGACAAAAUUGAACAACAAGAAAAACCCACACAGUACUUGAUUGGAUGUAGACAAAAUUCACCGAGAACUCCAAAGAAUAAGGCGAAAACAAGGUUUGAAGUUUGGGGUGAACUCAAGCAUGAGCUCUCCCACUGUGCAUUCACAGAUGAACUUCCAUGCAGUCCAGAAGAAAAAUGAUGUCGAAGAAACUCUUGUCUCGACAGUCUUGUCUUUUCACACCACAUUUGCUCCUGCGACAUUUGCUGUGGACUAAAUAUCUCAGAGGGCAUUGGGUUAGAGUAAGGAUUGUAAUACAUUGUACAUGUAGAGUUUCUGUUUCAGGAAUAAUGUAAAGAUAAGGAUUCGAACUUAUUUAGUUUUUGGGGGUUAGGUUUUAUGUUUGGCUUAACGUGUAGAUUUUCCACAAUUGUCGCCGGAGCAAAUGUCCUGGAACCUGUCUUUUAUAACACUCUACAACUUCAAAUUUGACAUAAUGAAGACCAAAUUAUUGUUUUACAUACAUGUAUGUAGCUAUUUAAAGAGAACCUUCCCUGGUGAUUUAUUGUUGGAUUUAGGGUGACUGGUCACUUUGAAAAGAAAAACUUACUGGGUAAUGGCCAAUGUUUUCAACUAAAUAUGCAUGCAAUUAUCAUCGUCAUUAUUCCACCAAUCAAGUUAUCUGCUUUUCCUCUCUCAAACCCACCAUGUUCACCUUAAAUUUGACUCGAAUGACUCCUAUAGAUAUAUCACACAUGAACUGUGGCUGAAUUUUGUACAUAAUCAUAAUUAUCUUUUUAAUAUAUAAUAAUAUUUACAGACCAUAAGUAUAUAUUUAUACAUGUAUAUAAGUUAUACAAAUCACAUCUCUCAAUUUGCCUUUAUAAUGGGAAAUGUUACAAAAUGGGGCUAUUUUCAAGCAAAUCAAUUUUAUUCUUCGUAAAUUCAAACAGUAUUGCCAUGAUGUAAUUCAACAAUGAAUAUUCUUAAUUCAUAACUUAAAGUAUGAAUAGCAGACGUAACGCGGUAAGAACACAUUAGUAGUUUGUAUUGAAUCACAAAUAAUGCAUAUUUUCAAGUGUCUAGAUAUAAAAAUCAGGAAAAAUGCAUACAUCUUUUGUAAUAAGCAUGACACAAAAAGGGUCCAAUCUUUAAGGAGAAUCCCACCCUGGCAUCAAGAUCAUUUCAAUAAAAGCCAAAAGAAAAAUGAAAUGAUGAAGAUUCUAUAAAAUCCAUCAAAGAAUAUCAGUGGUAUUUUUUUUAUUUACUCCACACAAAUUAGGAGACUGUUUUUCAGUCAAUAAGGCUUUCCCACCAUUGCCAUAUAUCUCCGGUAAAGCUUUUCCCGAUCUGCGCUCAAAGGUUUCAAAGAUUGAGAAACAAGGUUCUAACAGUCCAAUGAUGAUAUGGGGAACUGUCCGCAUGUGAUGCCACAAAUUAAAAAACUGGAUUGUCACCAAACUUUCACAAAUACAUUUUAUCAUUUCUUUUUUUUUUAAUCAAAAUGAACUUGAUGGUAGAGUGAACUUCUUCUUUAAUGCUGCAUACGGCAAUCAAUUAAAUGACAAUGAGAUUAAUGAAACAUUGAGAUUAUAAAUUUGAAUAACUUGUGUCAUAUUUGUACAGGAUACUUUUGGAUUAUUUCUUGCUAAAUGCUUAAACUUUUUAUGAAUUGUUUUAUUUUUUUAAUCUUAAGUUUAGAAAAAUUAGCUCUUACUCGUAUAAUGUACCGGUAUACAGUGUGCAGAUAGGAUCGAUGACCCUUUAAGUUUUACGUAUAUUGGUGUCCCGAUAGAAGCGGCGGUCUUAAUCGUUGAUUACAUGUAGCGAUCGUAUCAGAUCAGUCGUGGCAAUCAUAUUGACCACAGAAAAAAAUUGAAUGGUUCACACAUUUUUUAGAUCAGCUACGAAAGGCAAGUUGUGGCGUUCGUAACGGAUCGUACGACAGUAAGAAGAAGGUAUGACUCAUUUCUCAUUCUGUUUCUUUUGUGUCGUCACAAUUAGUUUAUGCGUGUUUAUUCGCAUGACUAGGCAAAAGAAGAUAUGUCAAUAAUUUCAUUUUUCAGUUGCAGUGUUGCACGUUCAAGUUGCAAACUUGACUGAAUGACAAUUUCUACACCUGUAAGUGUCAUCUCAUAAAAUUAUAAAAUGAAUUGUUAAUUGCGAAUAGGGAAGAUAGAAACAAUAGAGGUAUGCAUAAGCAGAACAAUGUUUGUCUAAAAAUAUCCUAUUAAUCUUGCUGUUAUAUUUUUAAAAGCUCACUAAUAGGCACACAAAUAUUCACCACACGCGUGCACCAAAAGCCACAUGCAUU